AUGACUAUCUACUCGCUCUACAUUCUCAACAAGGCUGGGGGAUUGAUCUACCAGCAGGACUACAAUCCAGGUCUCUUGAAGUUGUCUGCCAACGACUACUUGGUGCUUGCAGGAACCAUCCAUGGUGUUCAUGCCAUUGCUUCCAAGAUAACACCAUUCUCUCUUCGCGACGACUCUGCUGCUGCUGGCCAGUCUCUUUUGAAUACGAACUCCUUUUUGAACCAUCCUCUACCAGUGAACUACACUUCAAACAAAACAGGGUUGAAUUUCAUUCAAACUGAUUUCUUCAACAUUUACUUGUUUCAGUCACUAACUGGAAUCAAAUUCAUCCUUGUCACCUCUCCAAAUGGAGUGUUAUCAAACAACCUAACCAAUGCUGAAUUGAUUUUAAGAAAAAUUUACAUUAUUUUCUCGGAUUACGUGAUGAAAAAUCCCUUUUAUAAUUUAGAAAUGCCAAUUCGUUGUGAAUUAUUUGAUUUGAAAACAACUCAAUUGCUUAAACCUGUUUAACAUAAAUUAAAUUACCCAUUCCAAAAUAGAAUACUGAUAAAAAAAAGUAAAUUAACUAAAUGAAUAAUCAAAAAUAAAUAAAUAAAUAAAUAAAUAAACAAACAAACAAACAAAUAAAUAAAUAAAUAAAUGAAUAAAUAAAUAAAU